AUGGGAUUAGAAUCCCUUGGCCUUUUCUUCCACAAUGCAAGAAAACUAAGACCCAAGAUUACAUUUAUAAUUUUCGUUCAGGUAUUCAUUCUUCCUCUUCUUGGGCCUGUGAUUGAUCAAAACUUAAACUACAUGGGGCUAAAAGUGACUUCUCCAACAAUCAGUGGCGCCAUAGCUGGCAACGUGUUUCCUUCAAUGGCAUUCUCCAUGGCAAUCAUUUGCAACAUAGAAAAGUUAGACUUGAAAAGAGUGGGAUGCCGAGCGAAGUUGUUGGGAACAAUAGUGACUCUAUGUGGAGCCAUGUUGAUGACAUUUUAUAAAGGAAGUAUCGUCAACUUUCUCGGUACAAAGCACGGCCACCAACCGAACAUACCAUCCACGGCCGUGCACAACCACCACAACAAGGGAGAGUACAUCAAAGGCUCCAUUUUGCUCAUCAUCUCCGUUUUUGUUUGGGCAGCCUUCUUCGUCCUUCAAGCAAUAACCUUGAGAAAAUACACAGCUCAUCUUUCUCUCACCGCCUUGGUUUGCUUUCUGGGAACCCUUCAGGCUAUUGUUGCCACCCUUGCCAUGGAGCGUCGCCUUUCCGUGUGGACCAUCGGUUGGGAUUGGAACCUUCUAGCAUCUGCUUAUGCGGGAAUUGUGACGACAGGGGUGGCAUAUUAUGUUCAAGGUAUGGUUAUGAAAAGAAGAGGGCCAGUUUUUGUUACAGCUUUUGGUCCUAUGGUAGUAGUGAUUGUUGCCUUCAUGGGUCAUUUCAUCUUGGCUGAAGAGAUUUAUGUUGGAGGGAUAAUUGGAACAGUGGUGAUUGUGAUAGGGUUAUACUUUGUUUUGUGGGGAAUGUAUAAGGAAAGCAAAGAGAAGAAGGAAGAAGUUAAUGGAGAGAUUAUUGUUGAAGCAAUAAUAGACGAAGGUGAUCAUCAUGAUCAUCAAUUGCCUAUGAUAAAUGAAGGUAUUGAAUUAGCAAUUGAUCAAAAGAAAGAGGGUUUGACCAUUACUACUAUUCCAUCCAUGGCUUCACCUAAUUACAUGGAAAAAGAACACUAA